AUGUCGAGUCCCAGGGGACUGCUAUGGCUACCCCUGUUCUUCACCCCCUUCUGCGUCAUGUUAAACUGCAAUGUUCUCCUGUGGAUCACCGCUCUGGCCAUCAAGUUCACCCUCAUCGACAGCCAAGCCCAGUACCCUGUUGUCAACACCAAUUAUGGCAAAAUCCGGGGCUUAAGAACACCCUUGCCGAAUGAGAUUUUGGGUCCGGUGGAGCAAUACUUGGGGGUCCCUUACGCCUCACCUCCCACAGGAGAAAGGCGAUUCCAGCCCCCGGAGCCCCCCUCCUCGUGGACCGGGGUGCGAAACGCCACCCAGUUUGCGGCCGUCUGUCCCCAGCACCUGGACGAGAGGUCUUUGCUGCACGACAUGCUGCCUGUGUGGUUCACGGCCAAUUUGGAUACUCUGAUGACGUACGUUCAAGAUCAAAACGAGGACUGCCUUUACCUAAACAUCUACGUCCCCACGGAAGACGGAGCGAAUGUCAGGAAAAACGGAGAUGAUAUAACCAGUAAUGACCGUGCUGAAGAUGAAGAUAUCCAUGAGCAGAACAGUAAGAAGCCGGUAAUGGUUUAUAUCCAUGGUGGAUCUUACAUGGAGGGCACAGGGAAUAUGAUUGACGGGAGCAUUUUGGCCAGCUACGGAAAUGUGAUCGUCAUCACCAUCAACUACAGACUGGGAAUCUUAGGCUUCUUAAGUACCGGCGACCAGGCAGCGAAAGGUAACUACGGACUUCUGGACCAGAUCCAAGCUUUGCGGUGGAUCGAGGAGAAUGUCGGGGCCUUUGGUGGGGAUCCCAAGAGAGUGACCAUCUUUGGCUCCGGAGCUGGGGCGUCCUGUGUCAGCCUGCUGACCUUGUCACACUAUUCAGAAGGGCUGUUCCAGAAGGCCAUCAUCCAGAGUGGCACCGCCCUGUCCAGCUGGGCCGUCAACUACCAGCCUGCCAAGUACACUCGCAUACUGGCAGACAAAGUGGGCUGCAACAUGCUGGACACCACCGACAUGGUCGAAUGCCUUCGGAAUAAGAACUACAAGGAGCUCAUUCAGCAGACCAUCACCCCGGCCACAUACCACAUCGCCUUCGGCCCCGUGAUCGACGGGGACGUCAUUCCCGACGACCCUCAGAUCCUCAUGGAGCAGGGGGAGUUUCUCAAUUACGACAUCAUGCUCGGAGUCAACCAGGGGGAAGGCCUGAAGUUCGUGGACGGCAUCGUGGAUAACGAGGACGGGGUGACGCCCAAUGACUUUGACUUCUCCGUGUCCAACUUUGUGGACAACCUCUAUGGGUACCCCGAAGGGAAAGACACCUUGAGGGAGACCAUUAAGUUCAUGUACACGGACUGGGCGGAUAAGGAGAACCCAGAGACGAGGAGGAAAACCCUGGUGGCUCUGUUCACCGACCACCAGUGGGUGGCCCCCGCCGUGGCCACUGCUGACCUGCAUGCGCAGUACGGCUCACCCACCUAUUUCUACGCCUUCUACCAUCACUGCCAGAGUGAGAUGAAGCCCAGCUGGGCAGACUCAGCCCACGGGGAUGAAGUGCCCUAUGUUUUCGGCAUCCCCAUGAUUGGUCCAACCGAGCUCUUCAGCUGUAACUUCUCCAAGAAUGACGUGAUGCUCAGUGCUGUGGUCAUGACCUACUGGACGAAUUUCGCCAAAACUGGGGACCCUAACCAACCAGUUCCCCAGGACACCAAGUUCAUUCACACGAAGCCCAACCGCUUCGAGGAGGUGGCCUGGUCCAAGUACAACCCCAAGGACCAGCUGUACCUGCACAUCGGCCUGAAGCCGCGCGUGCGCGACCACUACCGGGCCACCAAGGUCGCCUUCUGGCUGGAGCUGGUGCCGCACCUGCACAACCUGAACGAGAUCUUCCAGUACGUGUCCACCACCACCAAGGUGCCCCCGCCCGACAUGACCUCGUUCCCCUACGGGACGCGCCGCUCCCCCACUAAGAUCUGGCCGACCACCAAGCGCCCGGCCAUCACGCCCGCCAACAACCCCAAGCACGCCAAGGACCCGCACAAGACCGGGGGCCCCGAGGACACCACGGUGCUCAUCGAGACCAAGCGGGACUACUCCACCGAGCUGAGUGUCACCAUCGCCGUGGGCGCGUCCCUGCUGUUCCUCAACAUCCUGGCCUUCGCCGCGCUUUACUACAAGAAGGACAAGCGGCGCCACGAGACGCACCGGCGCCCCAGCCCGCAGCGCAACACCACCAACGACAUCGCGCACAUCCAGAACGAGGAGAUCCUGUCCCUGCAGAUGAAGCAGCUGGAACAUGACCACGAGUGUGAGUCGCUGCAGGCGCACGACACGCUGCGGCUCACCUGCCCCCCGGACUACACGCUCACGCUGCGCAGGUCCCCGGACGACAUCCCGCUCAUGACGCCCAAUACCAUCACCAUGAUCCCCAAUACGCUCACGGGCAUGCAGCCUCUGCACACGUUCAACACGUUCAGUGCGGGGCAGAACACCACGAAUUUACCCCACGGACACUCCACCACCAGAGUAUAG